UCUCUGGCAUCCCGUUGCUCUUCACUGAUUGGUCACUGCAAAGAAAAAUGGCGCUGUCCGCGUAGUUGAAAAAACAUCCUGAGAUUUAAAACGAGUGUUGAAAGUGGAGGAGAUGAGUGGGAUUAACAGAUACAAAACAAUAUGUUGUCUUUAUAAUUCGUUCGUUUGUCCGUCCUACGCGUUGAAAUAAGACUCAGCAGCUUCCCCACGGUAGCUUUGUUAGCUAGCGUUAGCUAACAAGCCUGCUAGCAUUACAGCUAGCUUCAUAGCUAACGUUGGUACAGAGGAUCUGUCAACACUAACCGCAGUCAGCAUGCCGGCCUUCCGGCAGGUGGGAGAGAAGCAGCUCCCCCACCCGGUGCUGUGUAUGGCCUGGUCUCCCAAGAGGGAUCUCAUCGCUCUGGCCAACACAACCGGAGAGUUGCUGCUCCAUCGCUUGGCCAGCUUCCAGCGUGUUUGGAGCUUACCACCCAGUGAGUACACUGGGAAGGAGAUCACUGCACUGGCCUGGAGACCUGAUGGGAAAAUCUUGGCCUUCAGCCUCGGGGACACGAAGCAGGUGGUCCUGUGCGGUGUGGAGAAAGCCGAGAUCCUCCAUGUGUUCCCCAUGCAGAGCUCGGUGACGUGCAUGCACUGGAUGGAGGUGACGGAGGAGAGCAGUGCUCUCAGCUCCUUCUAUAACUCUGAGGAUGAAUCCAAACUCUUUCUUCCUAAGUUGCCAACACUCCCCAAGAGCUAUAGCACGACUUCAAAGAUCUUCAGCGAGGAAAAGUCUGACGAGAUCAUGAAUCUCAUGGGAGAAGUCAGACUGAACGUCCUGGUCCUCGGAGGAGACUCUGGCUUUGUGGAGCUUUAUGCCUACGGGAUGUACAAGAUCGCCACUCUGUCGGGGGUAUCGGGUACCUGUCGCAGCCUGAGUCUGUCCAGCGACCUCAAGUCUCUGUCAGUCAUCACAGAGGUCCGCUCAGCUGACAGCAACCCGCAGAUCUGCUUCAUCCAGCUGGACACGGGCUUGUUGUCGGACUGUCUGCCCGAGGUGACCAGGAUGGCGCGCAAGUUCACUCACAUCUCUACGCUGUUGCAGUACCUGCACCUCUCGCUCACGUGCAUGUGUGAGGCCUGGGAGGACAUCCUCAUGCAGAUGGAUCUGCGGCUCACUAAGUUUGUGCAGGAAAAGAACACAAGCACUCAGGUACAAGAUGAGUUCCUGGAGCUCCUGCUGUGGGGACAAUCGAGCCCUGAACUUCAGGCUCUGCUCAUGAACCAGCUGACCGUCAAGGGCCUGAAGAAGCUGGGCCAGUCCAUCGAGUCGUCUUACUCCAGCAUCCAGAAGCUGGUGAUCAGCCACCUGCAGAGCGGCUCCGAGGCGCUGCUCUACCACCUGAGCGAGGUGAAGGGCAUGUCGCUGUGGAAGCAGAAGUUCGAGCCCCUCGGCCUGGACUCGGCGGCUUUAGAAGGCGCCAUCACCGCCGUGGGCUCCUUCUCUCUGAAGGCCAACGAGCUCCUGCAAGUGAUCGACAAGAGCAUGAAAAACUUCAAAGCCUUUUUCCGCUGGCUGUACGUCGCCAUGCUCAGGAUGUGUGAGGAGCACGUUCCACCGGAGCUCAACAAGAUGACCCAGAAGGACAUCGCCUUCGUGGCUGACUUCCUGUCGGAGCACUUCAGCGAGAACGAGGAGCUCUUCGACCGCAAAGGGAAGUACUUCAACGUGGAGCGCGUCGGACAGUACCUGAAGGACGAGGACGAGGACCUGGUGUCUCCGCCCAACACCAAAGGAAACCAGUGGCUGAAGUUCCUGCAGGAGAGCACGCACCUGAAGGAGAGCUCUUUGCUGUUCCCUUCAUUCCCCCAAAAGUCUUUGCACUUCGUGAAGAGGAUGAUGGAGGCCGUGAUUGAGCAGUGUCUCCAGAAACCUGCAGAAGUCAUUGGGAAGUCUGUCAAACAGGCCGUCUUCCUGCCCCUUUACUCCAUACCGGAGAGCUCUGAAAACACGUCUCGACUUUUUGAACUCCCGUGCUUGUGGAAUGACAAGAAAGCCAAGAUGCACCACGUGGUGUUCUGCAUGCCGGACGUCUCCCCCUCCAAGCUCUACCUGCUGCGGAAAGGGACCGACCCCAACAGGCACGUCCCCAACAGUGUCGUGUCCGUGGAUCUCAGCCAUUACCUGGACAAUGCAGAAGAAGAAGAAGAUGCCGCCCAGCGCAACUACCUUUACAGCUGCCUGGAUGCCCGUUUCUAUGACGACGAAAUGCUGACUGUGGUCCUGCAGGGAUCACAGGAGGAGAACAGAAGGCGCGUGCUGGCUCAGCUUCCUCUGGCUUCAGCGCUGAGCUGCGAGAGCGAGUUCACCUGGGAGCCCGAGCGGAGGUUGGAGCAGCAGAGCGGCGCCAUCCCGUGUCAGGGCCUGGUUUUGGGGAAUCAGUGGCGUGAGCUGGAAAACAUGAAGGCUCAGUUUGUGGCUGUCAAUGGGAUCCGGAAAGUGGCCUGUGUGCUAAGUGCAAACCUCAGGCACAUCCGAGUGUUCGAGAUGGACGUAGAGGACGAGGACGACGAGGGCGCAGAGUCUCAGAACGCGAGCGCCGACCAGGAUGGGCUGGACGCGACGAUGACCAGCGAGGGCCGAUCAGAGGAGGCCAUGGAGGCCAAGGAGGAGGGCGGGGAGAGAGGAGGCGACGCGUUCAGGAAGACCGAGGAGCAGCUGGAGUCGGAGGAAGCCCUUUAAUGCUGUUACAAAAACAAGCUACAUAAACACAAUACUUUUUUUUUUUUUUUUUACAGCAACCAUAAAUAAAGUUUGAAAAUAAA